GGUCUAUUUAAACUCGUCGUAUCCCAACGUUUCUCCUCCCACCUUUCCUCACUCUUCAAUUCCCUGCGUAGAGAGAGAGAAACUCAUAUCUUCGAAAUUCUGCUGUCUUCCUCCCCAUUUUUCCUCUUUUUCGACCCAUUUCCUUUUAUUAGGAUGGCAUACGAGGAUGGAUACGGGCAGGUUCAGAGGCCUAAAUAUGAUUGUCUUCUAUUUGACCUUGAUGACACCCUCUACCCUCUAAGCUCUGGCCUAGCAACAUCAGUUCUCAAAAACAUUCAAGAUUACAUGAUCGAAAAUUUGGGCAUAGAAGAGAGCAAAAUCCCUUCACUAUGUGACCUUCUGUACAGAAACUAUGGCACAACCAUGGCUGGUCUUAGGGCGACUGGCUAUGAUUUCGACUAUGAUGAGUAUCACAGCAUUGUUCAUGGGAGGUUGCCUUAUGAGAAUCUGAAACCGGAUCCUGUGUUGAGGAGCCUCUUGCUGAGCCUGCCUAUUCCCAAGAUUAUCUUCACCAAUGCUGAUAACAUCCACGCCGUGAAGGUGCUGAGGAGACUAGGCCUUGAAGACUGUUUUGAGAGCAUAAUCUGCUUUGAGACUCUCAAUCCUGUCCACAAGAGCGUUGCAUCGGAUGAUGAGGAUGAUAUCGCGUUUUUGGGGUCAAAACCGGCUUGUAACGCUUCUCCCCAAAGCACUGAGAUAUUUGACAUUGUUGCACAUUUCUCUAAGCCUAAUGCAGGGCAAUCUGGAUUGCCUAAGACGCCUAUAGUUUGCAAGCCUUCAGAAUCUGCCAUAGAAAUGGCUCUCGAGAUUGCAAAGAUCGAUCCUCGUAGAACACUCUUCUUCGAGGACAGCAUCCGGAACAUUCAAUCUGGGAAACGCGUUGGACUAAACACCGUGUUGAUUGGGAAAUCCCAGAGAGUAAAGGGUGCAGAUUAUGCACUAGAAAGCAUUCACAAUCUCCGAGAGGCGAUACCGGAGCUGUGGGAAGCUGAGAAGCCAGCUGAAGUUAACUACUCAGGGGUGGCUGUGGAGAAUUCUGUCAUAGCUUAACUUAAAACCUAACUAUAUUUCAUUGCAAAUUUCCUAGUAUGUUAGUAGUUCAUCUUACUACUUGUCCCCAUUAAUGAUGUAAAUUCUAUAUAUGUUGGUAUCAUAUAAUUAAGAUAUUAA